AUGGUUGCAAGUACACCGACUCAGAUCCAGCUCGUUCACGAUCUGCUCGAUAAAUAUGAUAAGAAGGCGAAACCGAUGUGGGACAAUACGAAACCGAUCAAUGUCUCGUUCACCGUAUCACUUUACCAGAUUCUUGAACUGAACGAACCGCAGCAGUUCGUACUAUUAAACGCUUGGAUCAUUGAGAGGUGGUAUGAUGAAUUCUUGUACUGGUCCCCUAUGGAGUACCAAAAUAUCACUGAAUUACGGCUACCGUAUGAUUCAAUUUGGUUACCGGAUACUACGCUUUACAAUUCGUUGGUAAUGAAGGACGAUGAUACUCGACGUCUUUUGAAUGCCAAGCUUACGACGGAUCGUGAACGGCGAGCAUCUCUCAUUGAACUUCUUUACCCUACCAUCUAUAAAUUCUCUUGUUUACUUGAUCUGCGAUUUUUCCCAUUUGAUGUACAGGUUGGUUCCACAGCAUUAGAGCUCCUGAACAAUUUAAUCGAUGAUUAA